AUGAGUGACACAGAUCCUCGUAACCCAUACGGUUACAAUUAUGAAGAAUUCGAAUAUGAAAGUAAAGUGUUUUAUAAAUACUAACAAAUAAAGAAAUAUAUACAUUUUAUACCAGAAGAUUAAGAAAAAGUAACAAAUGCUAAUUUCAUAUAUAUAGGAGGAAUGUUUCUUGCUACUUUAUGUUCUUUAGGAUCUGGCUAUUUAAUAAGGAGUUCAUAUAUAUUCAAGAAUAAGAUUAUUUUUUUGCAUAAAUUUAUAUAAGAAUAUCCUAAAAUAUAUUAUGG